CAGCUUUAGACUUGUAGGUAAAUUAAGAUAAUAAAAUCGGGUUGGUGUCAAGCGUGACGAGUAAACGUGUUUGGUAGUUAUAAAUGUUUGACGCGCAUAAUACUUGGGUUGUGUCUCAAAACCUCGUGACCUGCCUACUUAGACAGCAUUUUAGGGCAUAGAGGCGCGUUGCUCAAAUGUGGUGUCGUGUCCUGACUUGACAGCUCCAUAGGUUUUUAAAACACAGCCAUUACUAGCUCGUUAAUCUACUGUAUAACUAACUGUAUACAAACAUACACUACCGCUGUCAGGAGGAGGGACGAUUAUGCUUGUACUCAUAGCGUAAAUCGCGAAAUAAGCACAUGUGGAUGUGUCGUAUUCGACUGUCGUUAGUAUCAUUUGAUGGGACUGAAGGAUGGCAGCAAAGGAGGAUCUUUACUCAAAGAUAAUUCCUCGCAGAUUGAGACAGAACAGUUGCGUUUCUGUCAAACAUGGAUCCAAUCUGGACGUGCUGCUUUCGAUGGGAUUUCCUCAGCAGAGAGCAUUGAAAGCCCUGGCAUCGACUGGAGGCAGAAGUGUUCAGCUUGCAUGUGACUGGCUUUUCUCUCAUUUGGAUGACCCUUUUCUGGAUGACCCUUUACCAAGAGAGUAUGUGCUGUAUUUGCGCCCCAGUGGGCCUUUACAAAACCAGCUUUCUCAUUUCUGGCAGCAGUCUCGCUUAACUUGUGGAAAAAACAAAGCUCACAACAUAUUCCCACACAUCACACUCUGCCAGUUCUUUAUGUGUCCAGACAAUAAACUAGUGGCUCUGUGUGAAGCUCUGCAGUCUGCAGUGAAUCAAUGGAGAGGACGUUUCCCCAGCCCCCUGCCCCUGGAGCUCUACACCUCCACCAACUUCAUAGGCCUCUUCGUGGAGGAGCAGGUGGCUGAGACGCUGAAGAAGUUUGCGGCUGACUUUGCGGUGGAGGCUGCUGCUAAAGCUGAUGUUCAUGUGGAACCCCAUAAAAAGCAGCUUCAUUUGACUCUAGCCUAUCACUUCCCAACCAAUCAUUAUUCUAUCUUGGAAAAGUUGGCAAGAGGGAUUGAAGUCAAGCUGGGUUGUGACUGGCUCGCCACCCUCUUUUCACGAGACAUACGGUUUGCAAAUCACGAGACUUUGCGAGUGAUGUACCCCUACACUCCUCAGAAUGACGAUGAGCUGGAACUGGUGCCUGGAGACUUUAUCUUCACGACUACUGUGGAGCAAAUGAGCACUAGUGAAGGCUGGGUGUUUGGCACGUCUCUGGGUACAGGCAUCUCUGCCCUGCUGCCUGAGAACUAUGUGAGCCCGGCUGAUGAGUCUGACACCUGGGUCUUUCAUGGGUCACACUCCUUCUUUUGUACUUCCCCUUCGGAAAAGGGUUGCAAGGAGAGCAAAUCACUGGAUGGGCUGCUCAACAUACGAUGCUUUGAAAACUCAAAGUUGGGAGAGUCUGCCAUCUUGAGUGUUAUUUGCCAACCUAUGCAGGUGCUUCGCUCAAGCAUCCAGUCUCGGACCCCUAAAAGGACCUUGUUUGUAUGUCGGCAUGGAGAACGAAUGGAUGUUGUGUUCGGGAAACACUGGCUCUCACAGUGUUCUGACUCUAAAGGCAGGUACAUGAGGAGUAACCUGAAUAUGCCUGCUGAACUACCUGCCUGGGGUGGAGCACACAGGGACUAUGGAAUGGAUUCUCCUAUCACAGUGUUUGGAGCUACACAGGCGAAGAUAGUGGGUGAAGCUAUGCUGGAAAGUAAUACCACUAUUGAUUUUGUGUACUGCUCACCCAGCCUCCGAUGUGUCCAGACAGCUCAUGAAAUCCUCAGAGGAAUGCAGCAAGAUGGAAGAAUAAGCAUUCGAGUGGAGCCUGGGCUUUUUGAGUGGACUAAAUGGGUGUCAGGAACGUCUUUGCCUGCUUGGAUACCCCCCAUAGAUCUUGCUGCAGCCAACCUUAAUGUAGACACAACAUACAGACCUCACAUCCCCAUUAGCAAUCUAACCGUCUCGGAGGCGUAUGAUACGUACAUUAGUCGCAGCCACCAGGUGACCAAAGACAUUUUGGCAUACUGCAAAAAUAAGGGAAAAAAUAUUCUAUUUGUGGGACAUGCUUCUUCUUUGGAGGCCUGCACUCGCCAGAUCCAGGGCCUUUCUCCCCAGAAUCCUAAGGAUUUUGUGCAAGUAGUUCGAAAGAUUCCAUAUCUGGGUCUGUGUGCCUGUGAGGAGCAGGGGGACUCAGGGGUCUGGCAGCUAGUGGACCCACCCAUUCUUCCUUUAACUCAUGGGCCCAACCACAGCUUCAGCUGGAGAGAGACCUUACAGCAAGAAUGAGCCUAUCUGUAGGAUCUGUCCACCAGAGACUGGAAUGUUAACUGCACUGGAAGCACACAUCUGAGAAUAUUUUUAAACAGAUGUAAUCGGUCACAGCCAGGUUUAAUUUAUGCAAAUACGAUAUGGGAUGUGGCAGAGUUUUUGUUUGCAGGUGGACAGAGGAGGCCACACUGAAUAAUAUGAACAUUUGUGAUCAUGUUUACUGAGCCUUUAAAAGGCUUUCUCAGGGCAUUGGCUAUCACUUUUAACAAGUCAAAAUGCACAGUGGCAUAAUGCAGCACUUAUUGUAAAGAUUAAAGGGGUCAUUUGAUGCAAUUUCGAUUUUUCCUUUCUCUUUGGAGUGUUACAAGCUGUUCGUGAAUACAUAAGAUCCCUAAAGUUGCAAAGACUAAAGUCUCAAAUCCAAAGAGAUAUUCUUUAUAAAAGUUAAGAGUCAACCACACCCUCCUAAAAUGGCUCCUAUUUAUUGCCACUGAUGAUUCAAACAUGAGUUUUGAGCAGUGUAGAGUAGCGCUUGUUGUUAAUUCAAUCACAAAUGCAGAUAUGGUUUUGUUUACGCAGCGUUUACACAGCGCUACGUAAAGAGACACUACUGGUGCAUCUCAAUAAAUUAGAAUGUCAUGGAAAAGUUGAUUGAUUUCAGUAAUUCAACUCAAAUUGUGAAACUUGUGUAUUAAAUAAAUUCAGUGCAAACGGACUGAAGUAGUUUAAGUCUUUGAAUCUUUUAAUUGUGAUGAUUUUGGCUCCCAUUUAACAAAAACCCACCAAUUCACUAUCUCAACAAAUUAGAAUAUAGUGACAUGUAAAUCAGCAAAUCAACUCAAAACACCUGCAAAGCAUUCCUGAGCCUUCAAAACGGUCUCUCAGUUUGGUUCACUAGACUACACAAUCAUGGGGAAUAAUGCUGAUCUGAAACUAGGAAAAUAUGUAGCACUCCAAACAGAAAAAAAGUUCUAGUACUGCAGGUCCUUGUACUACAGGUGCGUAGAGCCAAUGGCAUUGGAAUGAACAAGAGGAGUGGCUGGCCGCACACUGAUCCACUCCAGACUGGAAGUCUACAAAAAAUUAUUUUAUUUUUCAAAUUGCAUCAUGCAAAAAGGUGCAAAGUGCAUGUGGGUUAAAAACAGAAUGGACACCAGCAAACGUUUCAGCGCAUUGCUAUCUUGUGCUCCACUGAAUACUGCUGAUCUGAAAGUUGUACAGAAGACAAUCAUUGACACCCUUCACAAGGAGGAUAAGCCACAAACAUUAAAUGCCAAAGAAGCUGACUGUUCACAGAGUGCUGUAUACAAGCAUGUUAACAGAAAGUUGAGUGGAAGGAAAAGGUUUGGAAGAAAAAGAUGCACAACCAACCGAGAGAACUGCAACCUUAUGAGGAUUGUCAAGCAAAAUUGAUUCAAGGAAUUUGAGUGGACUUCACAAGGAAUGGACUGAGGAUGGGCUCAAGGCAUCAAGAGACACCACACACAAAUGUGUCAAGAAAUUUGCUGAACCACAGACAACGUCAGAGGUGACUUUCUUGGGCCAAGGAGAAGAACUGGACUGUUGCCCAGUGGUCCAAAGUCCUCUUUUCAGAGGACAGAAAGUUUUGUAUUUCAUUUGGAAACCAAAGGUCCUAGAGUCUGAAGGAAGGGUGGAGAAGCUCAUAGACCAGGUUGCUUGAAGUCCAGUGUUGAGUUUCCACAGUCUGUUAAUUUGGGGUGCAGUGUCAUCUGCUGGUGUUGGUACAUUGUGGUUUUUGGAAAUCCAAAAGUCACGCCACCCAUUUAUCCAGAAAUUUUGGAGCACUUCAUGAUUCCUUUUGCUGAACAGCUUUUUGAAGAUGCUGAUUUCCUUUUCCAGCAGGAUUUGGCACCUGCCCACACUGGCAAAAGCACCAAAAGUUGGUUAAAUGACCAUGGUGUUGGUAUGCUUGACUGGCCAGCAAACUCACCAGACCUGAACAACAGGGAGAAUCUAUGGGCUAUUGUCAAGAGGAAAAUGAGAAACAAGAGACCAACCAAUGCAGAUGAGCUGAAGGCCACUGUCAAAGAAACCUGGGCUUCCACACCACCUCAGCAGUGCCACAAACUGAUCACCUCCAUGUCACGCCGAAUUGAGGCAGUAAUUAAACCAAAAGGAGCCCCUACCAAGUAUUGAUUACAUGUACAGUAAAUGAACAUAAUUUCCAGGAGGCCAACAAUUCAUUAAAAAAAAAAAUUAUUGGUCUUAUGAAGUACUCUAAUUUGUUGAGAUUUUGUUGUGUUUUUGUUAAAUGUGAGCCAAAAUCAGCACAAUUAAAAAAACAAAAAAACAAAGACUUAAUCUACUUCAGUCUGUGUGCAUUGAAUUUCUUUAAUACACUAUUUGAGUUGAAUGACUGAAAUGAACUUUUCCACAACAUUCUAAUUUGAGGUUCACCUAAGUAAUUAUAAUCAGUAAUUAUGUCCCCACUGGAUGCAACAAAUGUCUCGUUUGUGAUGGGUUUUAUUGUUUGUGGUGUCACCCUGGGACACACGAGACCACAGUAUGGUGAGGGGCAUAACAUUUGUCACACGCUUGAGACAUGCGGGCAAUCACAACACACUGGAUAGCUGGUUAAUCAGCGCACACCUUGUUUUUCAGAAUGAUGAGCUUUAUAAAAAUUGCUGCGUUUCAGAAAGGCGCGGCAUAAAGGAGAAACAAUAAUGUACAUUAAACCGCAUAAACACAUUGGAUAACACCGAAUACAUAAAAUAACGUUCUUUUUAGCAACAUCAUAUGACCCCUUUAAAAAUAACUUCCUGCCAUGCAAAUAUGUAAAAUUUUGCAAUGAGGUGUUAAAGAGCUUAAAAGCAAUUAUGUCUUAAUUUCUCUUGCAAAUGUAACUUGAAUGCAUAAAAAGUGUUAUAUUGGUUUUAGCAUAGUUGAAUGGAUAUCAAAUGUAUUUGUAUUAUCUUUACAUUAAUGCUGAAGUGUGUAAUUAUUAAAACAAAAUAUUGAAGAA